AUACUGGAUUGGGGCUGCUGAGGUGGGGCUGCCACUGAGCAGGCACCCACUGUCGGGAGCUGGGCCUUUCGCUCUGAAUAAGAAGGGUUAGAGAGAGAACCCCGGGGCUUGCACACCCAAAGGAGACUUAAGCUGCAACAAGCAGCAGCCGCCGCAAGGAAAGCCUGAGCCAGGGGGAACCCGAGAUGUCAUCGCUGGUGAAGGAAGACUUGGAGAAAAAACUGUUCAAGCCGCUGGCGCAGAAUCUCUGCGAGUUUAUUGAGAUCGAGUUCUCGGUCCAGGACAGGUAUUACCUCUGUGUGUCAGUGACCAAAACUGACGAAGUGAAGAUUAUCAUGGUGAAGCAUUACAGAGUAGGUCUAGAUGAAAAGUACGAAGUAACAAAGAAGUGGUCUUUGGAUGAUCUUCAGAUGAUUGACGGAAAAGAAGCUGAUACCGACAAUCCGUUUUUUGAUCUGCACUUCAAGAAAGUGUACAGCCUGGAGGCCUACAGCUGUGCCUCUAAGUACUCCUUUGCUCGAACGGUGAACCGGCUGAACCAUGUGUAUCUUAAGAAGGACUUGCACAUCGUGAACUUCGAUUCGACUUACAUCAACGAUGACUCCAUUUGGUCCUCCAACAACAAGGACUGCCUGGUCCUCAUGAGAAUAUGCUUUUAUGCUUUCAAUCUUGUGUGCUUGUCCCUGUGUCCCCUGCCACUUUGAAGAUGUAGCCCAAAGUCCUCCAUCAGUGUCCGAAGAAAUGGUUCUCCAAUUGAAUACCGAUAGUCAAAAGUUUGUUUUGCCUCUUCCUCGAUGGCUAUUAUUCAAACUAAAAUAAAAUGAGGCUUUGUGAACGGCAAUGAAACAGGUUUUAGUGCAACUGUUAACAGUCGGGACCCUUUGGGUUCAUUGUGUUCCAUGAUAAUUUCCAAAGGUGUUGCAUGGCUUGGGCUAAGUUAGAGUCAAGAAAAAACUUUAAAAAAAAAGAUCCCAGGUUCAUAAAUAAUAUUUUAUCUUUUGAAGGUAUCAGUACUGUUCAAAAUAUUCUUCAGAUCCAAGGUAAUUCCUCUAAAAAUGCCAAUCAAUGGCCUGUAUUGUAGAUGAGCAAAAGCCAAUCUUCAAAAUUAAUACAGAACUGCAAAAGGCUCCAGGUAGCAAAAAUAAAUAAACAAAACCUUGGAAAAUAAGUGCAAAGUUGAAGGACUCAUGCUUUCUGUUUUUGAAACUCACUACAAAGCUAUUAUAAUUAAAACAGCAUGGUACUAGCAUAAAAAUAGUUCUAGAACAUAAAGCUACUAGGUUCAUACAAGGAAGAAAGAAUAAUCUCUUCAAGUGAUGAGGCUAAGAUAACUGGAUAUCCACACAAAAGAACUGAGUCAGACACAUAGCUCACACCAGCCAUAAAAAUUUAAAUGAGUUAUUAACCUAAGCAUAGUAACUAACCCCAUAAAUUAUUAGAAUGAAAUAUAAAGGUAAAUCUUAAGAACUUUGGGAUUGACACUGGAUUCUUAUAAUGUCAAAAAAUAACUAAACCAGACUUCAUGUAAAGAUCUCUUUGCACCA